GUAUUAUCAGCCGUGGGGCUCUUCAUGGCUGAAGUAAUUUUAUCUGUCGCAUCUGCGUUACGAUAAAACGAGCUAAGACGUGGAACUGUGGCCUUCCGAUCCGCGACUCGAAACGCGUCAUUCCAAUCGGUGCUCGCGAUUGGAAUGCUCAGUUGUGCACUAUCCGCGUAAGAGGAAUGAGCGAAACGAGCCAGCCGCGUGUAUUGACGAAGGCCGUCUUCUCGUAACGACGCUAAACGUGAGUCGACACGUGGAUUUCUCUUCUCGACUACGUUACAACAUUUUUUCCUCGCCAGUGCAAGCGUACUACUCGUCGAGCGUGGACGUGAUCACUCGGCGUGCCACUCUCUCGGACAUCGCGCGGCUGAAUAAGCGUCGACAGUGUUCGCGAGUUCACAGAUGAAUAUAAGAACACGUGUCGCACAAUUUCUGCGAUGGGAAUCAACGAGAGUGUGAACUAACGUGAUUGCAGUCAUUAAUUGAAAAAGUUUCCAAAUCGCCGAGUUUGAACUACCUGAGGACAAUGGGAGGCGGAACGUAUAACAGAAGCGUUUUUACUUACGAAACGCUGGUGCAUGCCAUAUCAGGGGCUGCGGGUAGCGUCGUUGCAAUGGCAACGUUUUUUCCGUUGGAUACCGUGCGAAGCCGCUUGCAACGCUUCGCGAGUUCUAUAUUUAGCUUCCUACGCCCUAUCGGAAACGCUUUUACAAUGCACUCGCUGUACCGUCAAUUGUAUAACAGUCGCGCUUUUCUGCUUUUUUUUAUAGUCGAAGAUGGCCGAGAUUCGAAGAAUACACUCGCAAUGAUUCGCGAGCUCACCGAAAAGGAAGGACCGUACACCUUGUAUAGAGGGAUGGUACCCGUCCUCCAAAGCCUAUGCGCCAGUAAUUUCGUUUACUUCUACACGUUCCAUGGCUUGAAAAUGCUCAGAACCAGAAGAAAUCAGACGGCUGGAAACGAUUUGUUGGUCGCAUCGAUCGCAGGUGUUAUCAACGUUCUCACGACCACACCGUUAUGGGUGGUGAAUACGAGACUAAAGAUGAGAGGCAUCGGUCAAACGCCAGAGAGGAACAAUAACGAAUACAAUACGUUGUAUGAUGGCCUUAUUCACAUAUGGAAAUACGAAGGUCUGAGAAACCUUUGGGCAGGGACCUUGCCGAGUUUGAUGCUCGUCAUGAACCCAGCAAUUCAGUUUAUGACUUACGAGAGCAUCAAGAGACGGAUCAGCGCAUCCAUGGGUGGGUCGCAACCUCCUGCGUGGAUGUUCUUCGCUAUCGGCGCCAUAGCGAAGACGGUCGCCACUGGGCUCACUUAUCCGUUGCAGUUGGUUCAAUCGAAACUCAGGCAUGGUCACAAAUACCCAACCCUUCCACCAAAUGCUGGUACACUGGAAAUUCUCCUCUACAUUUUGAAAAAACAAGGGAUAGCAGGGUUAUACAAAGGAAUGGAAGCCAAGUUACUGCAAACCGUUCUAACAGCGGCGCUCAUGUUCUUGGCUUACGAGAACAUUUCGAGAUUCGUUUUCCGUGUUCUCUUGCACAGGCCCAUCUUGAGAUAAUUAUUUUUCAUUCUUUGAACAGUAUUACUCGUUGAUUAGGUCCCCGUGCCAAGUUUGAUUUAUUACGGUAGAUUCAGGGUAUAUAAAUAUGUACGAUUUACGAAGCAAAACAGUGUUUCCAUGAAAUGUAACGAGAAAAUUAUGUGUUAAAACGUUCAGAUUCGAUUCAUCGUUAACCCUUUGUUAUUAUACAAAUCUUUGUACGCUAACAACUACUAUGUCAUAACUAGAUACGUAUAGAUUCAAAGAAAUGUUCAUAAAUGUAAAUUUUUCUGCUUACUUUUCAAUUAAAACGAAAUUUGUUAACGUAA